AUGGAAAAGGGUAAUCACUCGGAGGCGACUGUGUUCAUUCUCUCAGGACUGACAGAUUGUCCAGAGCUGCAGGUCCCCCUCUUUGGGGUGUUCCUACUAAUUUAUGGUAUCACCCUGGUGGGAAAUGGGGGGAUGAUCUUGUUAAUCAGGACUGACCCCCGACUCCACAUCCCCAUGUACUUUUUCCUCUGUAAUUUGUCUUUCUGUGACCUCUGCUUAUCCUCAAUAAUUUCCCCUAAGAUGCUGCUGAAUUUCUUAGCCGAGGGGAAAAGCAUUUCUUACACUGCCUGCGCUGUUCAAAUGUCUCUAUCUAUCGCUUUUGCAGAUGUUGUGUGCCUUUUGCUGGUUGUGAUGGCGUAUGACCGUUAUGUGGCCAUCUGUAACCCGCUGCUCUAUACGGUCACUAUGUCUAGGAAGCUUUGUAAACAGCUGGUGGCUGGGGCGUACACUGUGGGGGUGGUGGAUUCAUUGAUAAACAUGUGGUUUAUAUUACGAGUGUCAUUCUGCAGCUCCAACAUCAUCAAUCAUUUCUUCUGUGACAUCCCCCCACUGCUGGUGCUCGCCUGUUCUGAGGAAAAACAAAGAGGUAGCACCAAGACAUGA